AUGUCGAUCGAAGCAUUUAUGGAAUAUGAAAUGUUGGUCGAGGUGGAGCGAUCGAGGUCGAGUCCGAGAUCGCCGCGGUUGUGGCGUCUCUUCAAGUUCGCGGCGUGGAAGCCAAAUGUCUCCAGCGGGACCUUCACCUCGCCACCGAACGAGGUACUGAAAUCCGCGUCCGCGAGGACGGUGGUCCAAGAUACGGUCAACUUCGAAUUCUUCUCCGUUCUCGGUGAGUACGGGAGGUGGAGCGGUAUGAACGCGACCCGGGAAAAGGACGUCGUCGUUGGGUAUGUGACGUUUAAGAUGGGAGACGUGAAAGGUGGGAUUAAUAUAUUCUCUGCGACGAUUAGCAGUCGCGAGAUAGACGAGGUCGUCCACAUUAUAGUUAGCGGACAAGGCUUGCGAGGCCUUGGCGGCUAUCAAGGAAUCGUGUGCGUCAGCGACGUCAUCCUCAAUACCACGAAUAGCACUUAA